GUCCUGUAUGUUGGGUGCGCGAAUGAAGUGCUAGCUUUCUUCAGGCAACCUGAGUCGAACGCCAUUUAGGAGUCCACGAACAACCGUCACGGAGCAAGUAUACAAUAUUUCCUCUACCAGCAAAGACAGACAGCAAACUUACUAAGGUGAAACAGCCACGACCAUGGGUGUCUGCACUCUUUACAUCGUACUGCUCCCUCUAGCGGUGACCUGGAUAUCUGCAGACCCUGAGGUCGCCUCUCACCAAAUAUCGUCCGUCGACAAACGUUGGGGGGUCAACAAUUACCCUGAGGAGCAGAACAACUAUCAGGGUUGGGCCAAUCCCUUUUACCCUAUCUGGUAUGGCGGUGCCUUCGGAAAACGCCAGGUGGCGCCAGAGAAAAGAUGGGGAAGUAGUGGUUGGGGAGGAGAUAGUUGGAUGUGGGGUGACUCUAGCUCGUACGGGUCGGACGUCGCUGCACACGGCGGGUUCUAUGGCAGGGACGCCGACAAAAAGGCUGCAGACAAGACGAUCCAGAAGAAGUGGGGUUUGCACGGGGACAGUGGCUGGGGAGAGUCGGAUGUCGCAAUGUAUGGCGGAAUUUUUGGACGGGACUUGAAGGACAAGACGAUCCAGAAGAAAUGGGGUUUGCACGACGACAGUGCUCGGGCUCGUCAGGGUACGACGACUCUGGUACCUACGCUGGUAUUUUUGGACGCGACACCGGUAAAAAAACCGUCCAGAAGAAAGUGGGGUCUGGGCGACGACAGCUCGGGCUCGUCAGGGUACGACAACUCUGGUACCUACGCUGGUAUUUUUGGACGCGACACCGGUAAAAAUACCGUCCAGAAGAAGUGGGGCCUGGGCGACGACAGCUCGGGCUCGUCAGGGUACGACAACUCUGGUACCUACGCUGGUAUUUUUGGACGCGACACCGGUAAAAAUACCGUCCAGAAGAAGUGGGGCCUGGGCGACGACAGCAUGGACUCAUCUGGGUACGACAACUCUGGUGCCUACGGCGCGAUCUUCGGACGGGCGCUGAAGAAUAGACUGAAUGCAGGAUACGGCAGACACUUCGGCAAGCGGAUAAGCAUUGGUUACAGCAUGUCGGGUAAAAGAUCGGAAAACUAACGAUCUGUGUCCCGGAUGACUUAAAAGCACGGAAACCCAGCUACCUCUGAGUAUUGAAAGGCGUAAAGCGAGACCGGUAGACUUAGUCUUUGUAGCGGAUUGCUAACACUAUAGGUAGUAAUGAAGCAGUGUAGGUUUAUUAUAGGUAGUUUAAACUCUUUAGGCAUCUUUAAAAAAGAAACAAAAACUAUGAAUUGUUAAAAAAGUAUCAAACACGACUUAAGAAUAAAGCGCUGAAGCGUCCAAAUGACAUCCGCCAUCUUUCUUCAUCAGCUAAGGAUAGUCACGUGACCAGGAGGUUAAAAGGUCAACACGGGUCACGUGACUGGACGAGGGUGUUGUGAGC